AUGUCGUUGUACGACGUGCUCGGCGUCCCUCGCAGCGCAACAGCCAAGGAGAUCCGCACCGCAUACCGCCAACAGGCCCUUCUCUCGCACCCAGACAAGCACCCCGGCGAUGACAGCGCUCGACGGCGCUUCCUCGAGGUGUCCGAGGCCUACGCGGUGCUAGGGGACGAGCACAGGCGCGCGCGGUACGACCGAGGCGCCACCAUCGACGACGCGCCGCCCGACGUCGACCUGCGGCGCGCCAACGACCUGUUCAACGCCAAUUUCGGCCAGGUGCGGCUGCGGGCACACACUGCCGCCAGCGCGUCCCCUGCGCGUCUGUGA